AUGGAAACCAAUUUGGAAGCAGAUUUCAAGGAAUUGAGGCAAGUUUUCAAUUCCGGAAAAACAAAGGAAUCAUCAUGGAGGAUUUCGCAACUCCAUGGUUUACUGCAUAUCCUUGAAGACAGAGAAGAUGACAUUUCCAUGGCUCUCAAGCAAGAUCUAGGUAAGCAUCAUGUUGAAGCCUAUCGAGACGAGAUUGGAACAGUGGUGAAAUCUGUUAAUUAUGCUCUGAAAAACUUGAAUCAAUGGAUGGCUGGCAAAAAGGCAAGCUUGCCCCUGGCUGCAUUCCCCAGCACAGCAGAGUUGUUACCUGAGCCUUUGGGUGUUGUUCUCAUCAUCUCAUCUUGGAAUUUCCCAUUUGGCUUAUCGUUGGAACCGAUGAUCGGGGCGAUAGCUGCAGGGAAUGCAAUAGUUCUAAAGCCUUCGGAGCUAGCUCCUUCGUGUUCUUCAUUUCUUGCUGAAACAAUUCGUGAUUACCUUGAUAAUUCUGCGAUUAAGGUUAUUGAAGGUGGAUCGGCUACAGGGGAAAGACUCCUUGAACACAAAUUCGACAAAAUUUUCUUCACAGGGAGUACACGAGUGGGUAGAAGUGUGAUGGCAGCUGCUGCACAGCAUUUAACCCCAGUGACAUUGGAAUUGGGUGGAAAAUGCCCAGCUGUGGUUGAUUCCUUGUCUGUUUCUGGGGACGCUAACGUGGCGGCAAAAAGAAUUGUUUGGGGUAAAUUUGGAGCGUGUGCCGGACAAGCUUGUAUCGGAAUUGAUUAUAUUCUUACAGAAAAAAAAUACGCAUCAAAUCUGGUGGAACUAUUGAAAAAAUAUGUCACACAAUUUUAUGGAGAUGGUCCAAAAGGAUCUCAUAGCAUGUCCAACAUAAUCAACAAGAAGCAUUUCUCAAGAUUGAAGAGUCUCUUAGAUGAACCCAGGGUCAAAUCUUCAAUCGUUCAUGGUGGUUUGUUGGAUGAAGAGAGCUUGUUCAUUUGGCCGACAAUAUUGGUUGAUCCUCCGCUUGAUGCUGCAAUUAUGACGGAAGAAAUCUUUGGUCCUUUGCUUCCUGUUAUCACGUUGGAAAGAAUUGAAGAGAGUAUUGAGUUCAUAAGGGCACGGCCAAAGCCCCUUGCCCUGUAUGCCUUUACGAAAAAUGGAAAUUUCCAAAAAGGAUUGAUAUCCGAGACAUCAUCGGGAAGUGUUAUGUUCAAUGAUGUCAUCCUUCAAUAUGCAGUGGAUACGCUACCGUUUGGUGGUGUAGGUGAAAGCGGGUUCGGAAGAUACCAUGGGAAAUAUUCGUUUGAAAAUUUCAGCCACGAAAAGGUGGUGUUAACAAGGAGCUUUUUUAUUGAUUUCUGGUUCAGAUAUCCUCCGUGGGACGAUAAAAAGUUACAGCUAAUUAAGUCUGGUCUUAGAUUUGAUUAUCUGGGAUUUCUUCUCAUUGCAUUAGGUUUGAAAAGCAAGGCUUGAUCAAGUAUGAAUAUGGUCAUUCAAAUAUCAUGAUCUGUUUUUCUAGUUUGCGACUACUCGUUUUUGUUUGUCAUAAAAAUGGGCCUCUAUAUGUCUUGGUGUUAAAAAGAUGGCUAUUUGGACUAUU